UAGGUAUUGGGGUAUAUGAUUAUACAUUGCCACUGAAAGCUGCGUGGACACCUUUACUCCUAUUCCUGUAGCUAGGAAAAACGAGUCGUUCCUUUCAGUAAGCUUUCUUCACGCUAAGAAAACCGUCUGCAAUUGCCGCGAACGUACACUUUUUGACCUAGGAAGGAUCCGUAAAAUCUCGCGAUACGCUCAGCUCUCGGGGAAACUGUCAUGGCUGCGCCUGCAUGUAACUGGGGGUUUUGAUCUAAGGAAAACAACGGCAUGUGUUUUCUUUCAUUAAUAGAAGCGACGUGUUUGUCAUCUUGACAACUUUAAAGCCAUUAGAAAGUGUUUCAGCGGCUGGCAAAAUGAAUAACAGAGCAGGUUCCUUUUUACAGAACCUCAGGCAAUUCAGAACUUUAGUUCCAACGGGCAGAACUGUGAGGCUGUAUCCUUUGGGAUUUUGCAGACCACAAAUUGUUUAUUCAAACUGGAACCCAAGAAACUUCUUAAAUAACUUUGGUAAUACAAUACAAUCCUCUAUUAGAUGUCUCUUUCAGGGUGCCUUAAUUUGUAAAUCAGGAGAUGAUGGCUUUCAAACAAAGGGCAUAAGAAUUGUAACAGCGCUUACAAUUGACAGACUACUUUGUCCUAGGAGACUGUCCUUUGACUCAAAACACUUCCUUGUCUCUGAUAAUGGAUUGAAGAAAAUAAACUUUCAUCAUGAGGCCUCCAAUGAAGAAGUCACCAAGCGAACAAAACCAACCCCUGUCAGCUGUAGAAAACUGUCUGAGAAGUGUAAUUCCCUGAGUGAUGUAUUAGAUCUAUUUUCUGAAGCACCUACGUUUCCUAGUAGUAACUAUUUCUCAGCAAUGUGGGUAAUUGCUAAAAGGAUGUCUGACGACCAGAAGCGCUUUGAAAAACAACUGAUGUUUAACCACCCUGCGUUUAGCCAGCUGUGCGAACACAGUAUGAGAGAAGCCAAGAUCAUACACUAUAACAGCCUGCUGUUCAGUCUUCAUGCUAUGGUGAAGCUCGGAAUUCCUCAGAACACCCUACUCAUACAGACUUUGCUGAGGGUGGUCCAGGAGCGUAUCAAUGAAUGUGAUGAGAAAUGUCUUUCAAUUUUGUCAACUAUUUUAGAGGCUAUGGAGCCAUGCAAGAAUGUGGAUGUCCUUCGAGCAGGGUUGUGGAUGCUAGUUGAUCAGCAAGUCUGGAAAAUAGAACAUGUCUUCACUUUACAAACUGUAAUGAAAUGUAUUGGAAAAGAUGCACCGAUUGGUCUUAAAAGGAAAUUGGAGAUGAAAGCCUUGAAGGAAUUAGACCAAUUUUCUGUUUUGAAUAGCCAGCAUAUGUUUGAGGUACUGGCUGCCAUGAAUUACCGUUCUGUUAUCCUUCUGAAUGAAUGCAGUGCGAUGGUCACAAGUAAUAUCCAUGGAUGUCCUUUAAAAAUGUUAAUCAACAUAUUGCAGUCUUGCAGAGACCUCCGAUAUCUUAAUAUGGAUCUUUUUAAGGGAAUAGCAGAUUACGUGGCUACAACUUUUGACAUCUGGAAGUUGAAACAAGUUCUUUUUCUCCUGAUUUUAUUUGAAAACUUUGGCUUUCGGCCUGUUGGUUUGAUGGACUUGUUUAUGAAGAAAGCAGCAGAUGAACCUGGCUUCCUAAAUGUGAAAAGCCUUGUCUCCAUUCUUAAUGUGUAUUCUUCUCUCAAUCACUUGGACACAUGCCAGGCCCGCGAGUUCCUAGACGUUAUGACUAAUGCUCUGACUGGUAGUCUUCACCACAUCUCUUCUGAAAACCUAUUAAAUGCUGUGUGUUCAUUUUGCUUGAUGAACCAUUUCCCUCUGGCCCCUGUUAAUCAGCUUCUCCAGAAGGACAUCAUCAAUGAGCUGCUGACCUCAGGUGACGUGGAGAGGAAUGUUCACAAGCUUCAUAUUUUGGCCACUUGUCUAAAACUUGACGACGCUCCGUAUCACAAGGACAUCCACUUAGCGCUGCCAAAGCCUUCACUCGCGCCGUUACAGCCAAAUGCGAAGGCUGUGGAGGCCCUCAGUAGCCUUCUGGGAGAAGGAUACUUCUCAAAAAGUGUGCAGUUGCCACAUAAUUAUUAUAUUGAUUUCGAAAUCAGAAUGGAUACUAACAGGAGCCAAGUGCUUCCAUUUUCUGACGCGGAUGUGGUAACUUCUGCUACAGAUAUUCAGAGAGUAGCUGUACUAUGUGUUCCUAAAUCUACUUACUGUUUGGGUUCAACCCACCCCAGAGGAUUCCUUGCUAUGAAAAUGCGGCAUUUGAAAGUAAUGGGUUUUCAUGUGAUCUUGAUCAACAACUGGGAGAUGGAAAAACUAGAGAUGAAGGAUGCAGUCACAUUUUUGAAGACUAAAAUCUAUUCAACGGAAGCACUUUCUACUGCUGAUGUAAAUCUGCAAAGCACCUGCUAAAGUCAAAAGCAACCUUUUAAUGUUAGGAGACAUAAAUGUGUAAAAAUAACUUUUAAGAAAGACUAUAAUUCAGUUGUUGAUGGAAUUUUUGGGGACUGCUCACUAUAACAAAAAGUGUUAUUUCAGUUCACAGUUAAAGUUAAUUUUAGGAAUGAAAUAAAUGUUGUUACUGGCAUUUUAGAAUAUGCUGAGAAAAUUCCAGAAGUGUCAUUUUUCAAUCAUACGUAUUCCUUUGACUGUCCCAGAUACUCGACAAAUUCAUGAGCUGUAGGUUGUACUUUCUCAUUAGCUUUGAUGCAUUAAGAACUGGUUUCUUAGUUGUGGUGGGCUGCAGGUAAGUUGAUGUGGGCAGUCCUUAGGUUUGGAAUCUGCACAUUUAUACUCUGGCUAUAAGCUGUUCAAGAACUCAGGCAUUGGCCACAUUUUCAAACACUGGCCACAAAGCAAUUGGAGUAGGUUCUCAAAUUGUAGAAGGUGUAAGAAUUAAUGAGAUAGCAUGUUAAAAAUGGGUGAAGGUCGGGCACCUGCAGUUGUAACAAGCAUUCUAGGUGGAAGUGGUUUGUGGGCCAUACUAAGAGAAACUAGAUAAUACAGAGAUGGCGGGGAACUCAAAUCUAGUGCGCUUGGUCGGCUGCGGGGUGCUCACACCACAGUCCUGGCCGUUGUUGAAGUCCUUCCUUUCUCUUUCUUCCCCUUUCCCCUCCCACCUUUUCAUGAAGUCUUUUUACAGUAAAUAUAUAGCUGAACUGUUUUAUGAGUCAGACCCGAGGGCUAUUUUCAGUUAUGUUGUUCACUCUUCUAUGGAAAUAUUUGUUCAAGUUUGUGGUAUGUCUGUCUACCUGGUAUUAACCUGCUGGGUAUACAGCAUGUUUCACUUGUGAAACCUGAGUGUCAUGUGAGUUGGUAUUAUUUACUCCCAUGGAAAAGACUGAAUGUUUAUACCUCCCUCUCCCCAUCUCCCUCCCCGAAUUCAUAUAUUGAAACCUAACCCCCAGUGCAGUGCUGUUUGGGAGGUGACUAGGUCAUGAGGGUGGAGUCCUCAUGAAUUGGAUUUGUGCCCUUAUGAAAAAGGCCCCAGCGAGCUCCCUUGUCGCUUGGAAGAUGACCAUUUUUGAACCAGGAAAGGGGUCCUUACCAAGCACCAAAUCCUCCAAGAGCCUUGUUCUUGGACCCGAGCCUCUCACAAUUAGUUGUGAGAAAUAAAUUUCUGUUGUUUUUAAGCCACACAAUGUAUGGUAUUCUGUUAAUACCAGCCCGGAUGGACUACGAUACCUCAAAUACGCAGGCAUGCAGUUUACUGGGCAUCUUACUCUGUGCCAGGCACCGCCAAGUAUUCAGAUGCAUUCCCUCUUUUCAUUGUCACAGCUCUUUGAGGUGUAGCUGCUAUUAUGAUUCUCUUGGGGCCCUUAUUUCCUUAUCUUUAAUAAGAGGAUAAAUUAUUUGCCAAGGCUCCAUAGAUAGGUCAGGGCUAGAGUUUGAACCUGAGCUGACAUGGACUUGCAAGAAAAGUAGUUAAGAAACCCCAGGUUGGCAAUAAAAAAAAUCUCCAGAAAUAUGACUACAUCUGUCACAAGUUUUAUCAGCUUAUCCUGCCUGCAUUUAGAAAAGGUUAGAGCUGAAAGGAAAUACAUCAAUCAUUUAAUCCACGUCCCUCAUUUUAUGGAUGAGGAAGUAAAGCUUCUAAGAAUUUGAUUUUUCUGGAGUCUCAGCCACAUCAUUGAUUUCCACAUUUCAUCCUCUACUGCUUUUCAGCGUGUGUCUCAGGAAAUCUGGACUUUUGUUCCAGAUUAGACAUCAUCUAAUUUUACCAUCUAACUUGACCAAAUGAUACAAGCUUGAGAAUAAGAGUUGAAAAUAUUCUGUUAUUAAAGAAACAAAUUCAUUCUUUAAA